AUGUUUAAUAAUCAGGAUAUUUCUUUGUUGCAGCACUUUUUAAAUAUCUGCAGUGAAGCCACCAUGGACCCUACCAGUCCUCCGAAGGGAUGUGGUUCCAGUAUCAACUCCAUCUAUUACAACCUGUGUGACCUGAACACAGUGUGGGGGGUCGUGGUGGAGGCUGUUGCUGCCGCCGGCGUGGUGACUUCCUUCAUUCUGUUGGUCAUCCUCAUGGCCUCCUUACCGUUUGUGACGCACAAGAAGAGGAAGGGCAUGGUGGCCCUGCAGGCCGGCAUUCUGGUCUUCACUCUGGGACUCUUCGGACUCACUUUUGCCUUCAUUGUGGGUCGGUACUCCACCAGCUGCGCCGCGCGGAGGUUCCUCUUUGGAGUACUGUUCUCAGGCUGUCUAGCCUGCCUGGCGAUGCACGGGCUGUGGCUGGCCCUGCUGGAGCGGAGGGGCCGGGGGCCCAGGAGCUGGAUGUUAGGCCUGGGAGCCCUGGCUCUGUGGAUGGUCGAAGUGAUCAUCAACACGGAGUGGCUCGUCAUCACUGUGGCCAUGGGCCCACCUGGAGGUGUCGCUAUCCCUGACCUGUCCUGCAGCAUCGCUAACCUGGACUUUGUGAUGGCGCUGAUCUACGUGAUGGUUCUGCUGCUGGCUGUGGUGGUGAUGGCCGUGCCCUCGCUGACUAACAAGCACAAGCAGUGGCGUCGAGACGGAGCCUUCAUCCUGGUCACGGGCCUCUUCACCUUGGCCAUCUGGGUAGCUUGGAUCGUCAUGUACAUCUACGGGAACAGAGUGGCCGGGGACCCCAGCUGGGACGAUCCGACUCUGGCUGUAGCCGUGGUUUCAAACGCCUGGGUGUUCCUCGUCCUCUACACCAUCCCAGAACUCUGCCUGCUGACCCAGGAGGACCCGGACCAGCCCAUCGAUGGAGAAGACGUUUAUCCUGCCAGGAGCAUGGUUUACGACAACUUCCUGAAGGAGCCGGAGCCGCCCCUCCAGAACGUGUACAUGGAGAAUAAAGCCUUCACUAUGGACGAGCCUCCAGCAGUACCCACAAAGCCCAUGUCUCCAUAUGGCGCCUAUAAUGGUCAGCUAAGAAGUUGUGUGUACCAGCCCACUGAAAUAGCCCUGAUCGCCAAGGGUAUGACUAAGAUGGAUCAGGACGCAAUGCUGCCUCGACCCAGAGUCCCCUCUCUGACUCCAGGAAGUGACAGCUCCCUGCCUCGUUCAGGCAGGUCCUCGCUGUCUUAAGGACUGUCACACUCGGGCAGCGUGAGUCGAGGGCGCACUGCACUGUCACCUACACACACUCGGUUGUUACGGCUAUGAAAUCUCCACCUGGGGUUUGUUCUCCUCUCACAGUUCCUUGUAUCAAAUGUAAUCAGUUCUCUUCUUUAGCAAGAAGCUUUAAUAACACACUGUGGUGAAUCUCAAGACCUAGCUCCUCUCACACACACUUCUGAAUUUUGUUUUCCUCUGAUGUUCGUGCACUGCUCGUCUGUUCUGUACGCACAAGCGCAAGUGUCAUAAAUAAAAGAUUAAAAAGACACUGACGAUGUCGGAGAUGGACAGCUUAUAGAGGCGGUUGUAUACGUAGGCUAAAUGAUUUUCAUAUGGAGAGGUUGUGUCUCAGCUCUUCUAUUUCAUUUCUCAAUUUAUGGCAACAAGCAUCCUAAACCUUCUUACUGUCAACUAAAACCAGCUUUGCUCACUCGUAGCUUCACUCAAAAAGACAACCAUGUAUCUCUAAGGGAGAGCAAUGACUUUGCCUUCUAGUUUAUAUUCUGUUCUGUCUCUACUUUUUAUACAGUUCUACAAAAUCUAUACACCAGAGUGGAACAAUGUAAACCAUUUUUAGGUGACAACUGAUCUACUGUUAUGGAUGUAUUAUAAGAACUGGAAACCGAAUUUGUCUAAAAUUACAAUAUAUUCACGUAUUA